GCAGCGUCGCGGCUCACUCGCCCUGUGUUCGUUCAACAUGGCGGCGGGACCAAUAUCCGAACGAAACCAAGAUGCCACUGUGUAUGUGGGUGGCUUGGAUGAGAAAGUAUCAGAGCCUCUAUUAUGGGAGCUCUUCCUGCAGGCCGGGCCUGUGGUCAACACACACAUGCCCAAGGACAGGGUAACUGGCCAACAUCAAGGAUAUGGCUUUGUAGAGUUCCUUAGUGAAGAGGAUGCUGACUACGCCAUCAAAAUUAUGAAUAUGAUAAAGCUCUAUGGCAAACCCAUACGUGUCAACAAGGCCUCUGCGCAUAACAAAAACCUGGAUGUGGGUGCCAACAUUUUCAUUGGCAACCUGGACCCGGAGAUUGACGAGAAACUUCUCUACGACACUUUCAGUGCCUUUGGUGUGAUCCUCCAGACCCCCAAAAUCAUGCGCGACCCCGAUACCGGCAACUCCAAGGGUUACGCCUUCAUUAACUUUGCCAGCUUUGAUGCGUCAGACGCUGCUAUUGAGGCCAUGAAUGGCCAGUACCUCUGCAACAGGCCCAUCACGGUUUCCUACGCAUUUAAGAAGGAUUCUAAAGGAGAGCGACACGGCUCGGCUGCUGAGCGUCUCCUCGCUGCCCAGAACCCUCUCUCCCAAGCUGACAGACCGCAUCAGCUGUUCGCAGAUGCACCACCACCUCCCUCUGCCCCCACACCGGUCCUCACCACGUUGGGGGCUGGAAUCCCCAUGCCAGGUAUGCCUCCUCCUGUUGCUUUUCCACCUGUGCCUCCCCCGGGAUCGAUGCCCCCAGGGAUGCCCCCUUCCAUGUCGAUGCCCCCAAAUGCAGGGGCACCAGGACCGCAGGCUGCUGCUUCAGGCCCUCCUCCUGGACCACCUCCCUUCCCCCCAGGUGGCAUGCAUCCAGGUAUGCCGCAGAUGCCCAUGCCACCUCCUGCACCACCUGGUAUGGUGCCCCCACCACCUGGUCCUCCAGGAGCUAACCAGCACCGGGCACCACCUCCACCCGGCAUGCCACCGCCCAUGGGCAUGCCACCAAGAGGACCAUAUGGACCUCCCAUGGGUCCCCCCAUGCAUCCGGGAAUGAGAGGACCACCUCCCCCUAUGCCUCCCCCUGGUUACGGCACUGGUCCUCCUCGCCCACCUCCCUUCGGCUUCCAGAGGGGGCCUCCUAUGCCCCCGAGGCCCCCCGGCGCCCCACCACCACGGGUUCCCAUGAGAGGGCCGAUGCCGCCAUAGCCUGCUGAAAGCUGCAGCAAGAUGCUGCCAUUUUGUUAUUGUUUUUUUUCUGUUUAAUCAUUUCCACAUCCACCCUGGUUUAUAUUCGUAAAAGUAAUUUAACCAUCACUUUGUAUCUUUUGUCGUCAUUGUACAGAUGCCAGAGCUGGGAGGAAUAAAGUUUUUAAUACAAGUGUUGCACCUUUUUAUUUUUUAAAGGGAUGUUUUCUUUGAUAGUUUUUAUGUCUUUGAAUCGUUUUUACUGUUUUCUAAAACAGAUGGGUUCAUCUAUUUUUAUUUUUUUGUUUUAAUGGUGACCUGCCCAAUGAAAAUGUUGAAAUGCCAAACUACUUUUCAGGGAUACAAAGGUCAAAGUUUUAGUUUGGAUUCAAUUCUUUAUUUUAUAUCAGUUGUAAUUCAGGGGCCACUAAUUUCUAGUUAGUAAAUGCUUCUAGUAAAAUAAAUUUCU